AUGGCAUCUACAGUGGGACACAUGUGGCCCCUCAUGCUGCUGCUGCUCUUCCGGUGUCCUGGUCUCACAUCAGGAGCCUCCAAGGAUCUGGUUUGUGAGCCCAUAACUGUGCCCAUGUGCAGAGGCAUCGGCUACAACCUCACAUACAUGCCCAAUCAAUUCAACCACGACACACAGGAGGAAGUGGGGCUGGAAGUGCACCAGUUCUGGCCCCUGGUCCGGAUCCGCUGCUCCCCAGACCUGCUCUUCUUCCUGUGCAGCAUGUACACUCCCAUCUGCCUGCCGGACUACAGGAAGCCGCUGCCGCCUUGCCGAUCAGUGUGUGAACGGGCCAAACGUGGCUGCUCCCCUCUCAUGAGUCAGUACGGCUUCGAGUGGCCUGAGAGAAUGAGCUGCGAGGAGCUGCCCCAGCUGGGAGACGAGACCUUGUGCAUGGACCAGAACAGCAGCGAGACCACCACCCUGGCGCCCCCAUUCCCAAAGCCCACCCCUAAAGGCAGGACCAGACCGCCCAGCCCUCCACAGUGCGACAGGGAGUGUCGCUGCAAAGACUCCCUUGUUCCCAUCAAGAGGGAGUCCCACCCUCUGUACGGCCGGGUCCAGACCGGCCCCCUACUCAACUGCGCCCAGCCCUGCCACCAGUCCGACUUCUCUGCCGACGAACGUGCCUUCACCAGCUUCUGGGUGGGACUCUGGUCGGUGUUGUGCUUCAUCUCCACCCUGACCACUGUGGCCACCUUCCUCAUCGACAUGGAGCGCUUCAAGUACCCGGAGAGGCCCAUCAUCUUCCUGGCUGCCUGCUACCUCUUCGUCUCUUUGGGGUACAUCAUCCGCCUGGUGGCAGGUCAUGAGCGGGUGGCUUGUGGUUCCAGCAGCAUCGGUGGCGACCAGCUUCACAUCCUGUACGACACCACCGGCCCGGCUCUCUGUACCCUCGUCUUCUUGCUGGUGUACUUCUUCGGCAUGGCCAGCUCCAUCUGGUGGGUGGUGUUGUCCUUCACCUGGUUUCUAGCUGCAGGGAUGAAGUGGGGCAGCGAGGCCAUCGCUGGAUACUCGCAGUAUUUUCAUCUGGCUGCCUGGCUCAUCCCAAGUGUCAAGACUAUUGUGGUUCUGGCUCUCAGCGCCGUGGAUGGAGACCCUGUUGCUGGCAUCUGCUAUGUUGGGAACCAGAGUCUGGAGAACCUGAGGGGAUUUGUACUUGCACCUCUGGUGGUUUACCUCUUCACUGGCUCACUUUUCUUACUUGCUGGCUUCGUUUCUCUGUUCCGCAUCAGGAGCAUCAUCAAGCAAGGAGGCACCAAGACGGACAAACUAGAGCGGCUGAUGAUCCGCAUCGGGCUCUUCACGGUGCUGUACACCGUCCCUGCCACCAUCGUGGUGGCCUGCCUUGUCUACGAGCAGCACUACCGGCCCAGCUGGGAGCGAGCCUUGGCCUGUUCCUGCCCGUCUGAGCGCCAACGUCUGGGCCUGGGCCCAGACUAUGCCGUGUUCAUGCUCAAAUACUUCAUGUGCUUAGUGGUGGGCAUCACCUCAGGAGUCUGGAUUUGGUCCGGAAAAACCCUGGAGUCCUGGAGGAGGUUUGUGGCUCGAUGCUGCCCCUGCUGGCCACAGAAAGCCACUGCUCCGCCCUCCAUGUACAGUGAAGCCAGUACAGCUUUAACUGGACACACAGGAACUGGGCUCACAUCAGGGAUCUACCACAAAGCAGCCCCGUCUCAUAUAUGA